GCUUUAUGGUAGGUAACUCACGGCCUUCUUGUUCAAAUCCAGGUCUUUUGCCUAUCUAGUUCGUGAGGAGUCUACCCUCAGGGAUAACAUUCGCUUUCUCCUUAUUAUCGCUCACUCUAUUCUUUCGUUUAAUUUAGAAAAUGCGUCGAUCUUAUCGCGCAGCGGCUAUCGCUGCUCUAGCGAGUUCUUCAGAAGCCGCAUCUGCGUCUCUCACUGAUGUCUGUACUGUCGCUAAUGUUCAAGCCGCGCUACCUGCAAAUGGCACUCUGCUCGGAAUCAAUUUGAUUCCAUCGACCGUAACGGCCAGCGCUGUGUACAACGCGACUACCGGUGGUGGUAUGGGUAGUGGUUCAUCGACGGGCAGCAACGCUACUUACAACUACUGUAAUGUAACGGUCGCGUACACGCACACGGGUAAAGGCGACAAGGUAGUCCUUAAAUACGCGUUCCCCGAACCUUCUACCUUCAAGAACCGUUUCUACGUUGGCGGCGGAGGUGGUUUCUCACUUUCAAGCGACGCGACAGGGGGUCUCCCGUAUGGCGCCACUGGGGGUGCUACCGACGCCGGAUACGAUGCCUUCAGCAACAGUUACGACGAGGUCGUCUUAUAUGGAAAUGGAUCUAUCAACUGGGACGCGACAUACAUGUUCGGGUAUCAAGCCCUCGGCGAGAUGACUAAAGUUGGCAAACCCCUAACACAAGCCUUCUACAGUUUAUCCAGCGACACCAAGGUCUACACCUACUUUGAAGGGUGCUCCGACGGCGGCAGAGAGGGUAUGAGCCAAGUCCAGCGUUUCGGCGAAGAAUACGAUGGCGCCAUUACUGGCGCCCCUGCUUUCCGCUUCGCGCACCAACAAGUUCUCCACGUAUUCUCGUCAGCCGUCGAGACGAUCCUCGAUUACCUCCCACCGCCAUGUGAACUCGCCAAGAUCGUCAACGCCACUAUCGCCGCAUGCGACCCCCUCGACGGAAGAACCGACGGCGUCGUAUCUCGCACAGAUUUAUGCCAGCUAAAUUUCGACCUAAAUUCGAUCGUUGGUCAAUCGUACUACUGCGCCGCGAAAAAUAGCACAUCCCUCGGCUUCGGGUUCAACAAGCGAUCUAUUAGCACCGCCAAGAACAAGCACAACAGACGCCAAGCUCCGGGCAGUUCCACCAGUUACCAGCCCGCGCAAAACGGAACGGUUACGAAGGAAGGCGUAGCAGUCGCCCAGGCGAUUUAUAACGGCCCGCAUAAUUCCGCCGGUCAACGCGCAUAUUUAUCUUGGCAGAUCGCGUCAGAGCUCGGCGACGCGAGUACGACGUAUAACACGGACAGUGGCGUGUGGGAGCUUAGUAUCCCGUCGACGGGCGGGGAGUACGUGACGAAGUUUAUCCAGCUUCUGGAUUUGGACAAUUUAUCUGCCUCCGAUCUAGAUGGUAUCACGUACGACACUUUAGUCGAUUGGAUUAACACUGGGUACGUACGAUAUUACGAUAGUCUCCAGACCACGGUUCCCGAUCUCACGCCUUUCCAAUCAUCUGGUGGAAAGUUGUUGCAUUACCAUGGCGAAUCCGAUUCUAGUAUUCCGGCAGCGUCGUCUGUACAUUAUUGGCAGUCUGUUAGGUCGGUUAUGUACGGCAAUCUAACUGACGACGCGGCGCGCGAGGCGUUGAGCGAGUGGUAUCAAUUCUACCUGGUCCCGGGCGCCGGGCACUGCGGCACGAAUAGCCUCCAACCCGGGCCGUACCCACAGAAUAAUAUAGAGGUUAUGAUAGACUGGGUGGAGAACGGGAUUACGCCGCAACGAUUGAACGCUACGGUGUCGUCGUCGACGGGUGUAAAUGCCGGCGAGACGCAGUUGCUUUGCCAGUGGCCUACGCGCCCGCUAUGGAAGGGGAACAGUUCGGAUUUUGAGUGUGUCGAGGAUCAGAAGUCCGUUGAGAGUUGGACAUAUGAGUUCCCGGCCUUUAAGGUCCCGGUGUAUUAGGCGAAAAAGGGUGUCAGAGGACGGGCUUAGGAGGUUCAAUCUAGACGGAGGGAAAUAUAUAAGGAUUACUGAGACUCGGUAUUCACGGAAUCGCGUGGUUAUAUGCUUUUGUUCAAUAUAAAUAUAUAUAUUGCUUCUUCCCCAUUAAGCCCAGAUCUAAGAGUAAUUAUAGUAAUAGCAUGGUAUAUUAUUCUUACAUAUUAGCUGC